CGUCCAUACACUGAAAAUGACGCAGCCUCUUGUCUUCCACAUCUUCGGCGGCCCCAACAUCCGCGCCUCCUUAUCCCCGACAAUACACAACGCCGCCUUCACCCACCACCACCUCCCAUACACCUACACCAUCGCAGAAUGCGCUUCCUUAUCAGAAGUAUCUCAGCUCAUCACCUCACCCUCCUUUGGCGGUGCCAGCAUCACCAUGCCCCAUAAACUCACCGCCUUCGAACACUGCACUGAAGUGAGCAGUUCAGCGCGUGCCAUUGGAGCCAUCAACACCCUACUUACUACCCGAUCCCCGAACGGGAACGGAGCAGUUCAAGUAAAAGGCGACAACACAGAUUGGUCCGGCCUCUACACCCUCAUCACCGACUACUUAUCUCAGCAAGGCGUACAUUCCGGUAAAGGGACCGGCAGAGUAGGCCUCGUCAUUGGGGCAGGGGGUGCCGCAAGAGCAGCCGUGUAUGCGCUCUUACAGGCUGAGUUCUCGACGAUUAUUAUUUGGAAUCGGACUGUCGGGAAGGCAGAGGGUAUUGUUGAGGACUUUGAUACUCUCAAGGGUACUGGGAAUAGGAUUGAUAUGAGGGCUGUUGGGGAUGUGGAUGGCGUUGGACCUGUGGAUGUGGUCAUUGGGACUAUUCCUGGGGAUGUUAAAAAUGAGGACUUUGAAGGGCUGUUUCAGGGAUCUAAGACGGGGUUGUGUGUGGAGAUGGCGUAUAAGCCGAAAGUUACUCCCUUGAUGAAGGUUGCGGAGAGGCGUGGGUUGGUGGUCCGCGAUGGAUUGGAGGUGUUGUUGAGGCAGGGCUUUGAGCAAUAUCGGUUGUGGACGGGGUUGGAUGCCCCGGAGGGGGUGAUGAGGGAGGCAAUUGGGGAAAAUGGAUUGAAGUCGAAGGUUUGAUCAGGUUUUAGCGUAAUUGAGUUGUGGUGAG